AAAAAUGGUCGAAUUGGGAUUUCAGUGAUUCUCAGGUCGAGUCGAGUCGAGUCAGGGAGCCUUAAAUGGCCGUCGCCGACGAUCCCAAGGCCGCCGCCGUGUCGGCCCAGCCUUCCGUCCUCCGCCGAGUCGUCGCGCUCGAUACCGCCGCCUCCCUCCGAAUCCACACCUUCUGCCUACCCGUCCCCCGCCUCCUUCUCAAAGCCCUCGAGAUCUCCGGCGACGGACGCUUCUGGUUCCCCGUCCCCGUUUCCCUUCUCCCGCUCUCCUCCGCCUAUGGAUUCGACGUCGCCUACCCGCUCCUCCUCGGCCUCCUUCUCGGAUCACUUCUUGACCUCCUCCUCGUCGGCCUCAUCAAGCACCUCGUCCGCCGCCCCCGCCCCGUCUACAACAAGGGCAUGGGCCUCACCUUCGCUGUCGAUCACUGGUCCUUCCCUAGCGGUCACUCCUCCCGCGUCUUCUUUAUCUCCACUUUCCUCCGCCUCUCCUCUUCUUCACUCCGACGCGUCCUUCCUCUGGACGGUCCUAUCACUCCCGCUCGCCGCUGGAUUGAGCAGUACUAUGGGGGAGAUCUCGUCGAGCUUUUGGCAUGGAUUGUGUCGAUCUGGUCAGCGGCAACAUCGGCCUCUCGCGUCCUUCUUGGUAGGCAUUUUAUUCUUGAUGUUAUUGCUGGAGCAUGCUUGGGUGUCUUAGAAGCUCUCAUUGUGUUCUAUUUGUUGCCUUUACUGUAACCAUGCCAUUGCUUGCUGGUAUACAAUUUCUUGCUUUAACAAAAUUGUGCCAAUUUCACAUCUGUUCAUGGGCGCUUGUAGCCGGGUUUCCUCUAGCAAAUUGAUAUAGAAAAAGAAUUAUCA